AUGGGUAAAGAAUUGAUUAUUUGGAUUUGGAUUAUCGUUUAUGUGGUGUUCUUUUUUCUCUUCUCUUUCCAUACUCUGUCAACUCUCAUUCUCACUCGCACAACCAAUGGAGGACGCCAACGCCAGACAAACCUCUCCCACUCGCCUCAACACCUUCACAGUCCUCUCCGCACUUCUCGCUUCCGCCACCUCCAUUCUUCUCGGCUACGGUCAGUUCCUCACUCACUCACCCCAUUUUCUUUUUCCCUCAUUUCUUUGAUCGAUCACAACCUUCCAUUGGAUGCAGAUAUUGGGGUUAUGAGUGGCGCCGCCUUGCUGAUAAGAGAAAACCUAAAAAUAUCGCCACUCCAAGAAGAAAUCCUAGUAGGCACACUCAACGUCUUCUCUCUAAUCGGAUCACUGGCCUCAGGCAAAACCUCCGAUUGCAUCGGAAGACGCUACACAAUCGUGUUAGCCUCAUUCACGUUCCUGUUGGGCGCCCUCUUGAUGGGACUCGCACCUUCCUUCGCAUACAUCUUGUGCGGUCGAAUGGUGGCAGGCAUUGGCGUCGGCUACGCCCUCAUGAUUGCCCCUCUCUACACCGCAGAGCUCUCCCCCGCCAUGACACGAGGCUUCCUGACCUCCCUCCCCGAAGUGUUCAUCACCGUAGGGAUCCUCCUCGGCUACAUCAUCAACUACUCCCUCACUUCCCUCUCUCAGCACAUUGCUUGGAGACUGAUGCUCGGCCUCGCAGGCUUACCCGCAAUUGCAAUCGCCUUAGGCGUCAUCGCCAUGCCCGAAUCCCCUUGCUGGCUUGUCAUGAAAGGAAGAAUCCCCCACGCCAAACGCGUUCUUCAAAGAAUUUCAACAACUCCGGAGGAAGCUGAACUAAGGCUUCACGAGAUAACCAAGGCUGCAGGCCCAAACCCAGACAAUUGGCGUGGACAGGGCGUUUGGAAAGACCUUUUAAUCCGGCCCACUCGGCCCAUUAGGCGGAUGCUGGUUACUGCCAUUGGGAUUAACUUCUUCAUGCAGGCGUCCGGAAACGACGCCGUUAUAUACUACUGCCCGGAGGUAUUCAGAGCCACCGGAAUUCAUAGCAAGAAACAGCUUUUUGGGGUUAACGUGAUCAUGGGAAUUGCCAAGAGUUCUUUUGUUUUGCUUUCCGCGCUCUACUUGGACAGGUUUGGGAGGAGGCCUCUUUUGCUAUUGGGCACCUUUGGGAUGGCUGUGUCGCUGUCUUCGUUGGGCCUAGGCUCCAGGAUUCUGGAAGAGUCGACUUCUAAGCCUCUGUGGGCCGUUGUGUUGAGCAUUGUCGCUGUGUGCGCGGAUGUUUCGUUUUUCUCCAUUGGGCUUGGGCCCAUCACGUGGGUGUACUCGUCCGAGAUAUUUCCUUCGAGGCUUCGGGCCCAAGGGUCGAGCCUUGUGAUUUCGGUGAACCGGUUGGUGAGUGGGGUGGUGUCCAUGACGUUCUUGACUAUUUCGGAGAAAAUAACGUUUGCAGGGAUGUUUUUUGUGCUAGCGGGAAUUAUGGUGGUGGCUACGGGUUUCUUUUAUGUGUUUAUGCCGGAGACUAAGGGAAAAACGUUAGAAGAAAUGGAAACUCUUUUUGAGGAUAAUGAUAACAACAGGUACGAAAAGAAAGAGACGGAAAUGGACGCUCCUUAG